CGCAUCCGGCGGUGGCAAAAAAAAGCUUUGCAAAAUAUUCAAGUACGUCGCUCAAUAACGAGCUCGUGAGAGCGCGUGCAGGUGUUUCCGCGUUAUGAUGGAAGAAGCUACCGUAUGUUUUGCGUUGAGAUUUAGAUAAAGUAUUUCAUUGUCCUUUUGGGAAUCGGUUUUCAUCGCAUCUCGGACUGCGCACCGUAUCAUUUUCAGAUGGACACGCCCAAAUUAAUCUCAAUCAAGGAGGCGAUGGAGUCACUAGAAGAGUCAGAAGCUGAAAAACAUCAGGACACAUGGCAGCAGUUUGAGUUUAUCCGCAGAGUUAAAGGAGAUGGGAAUUGUUUUUACAGGGCUCUCUGCUUUACACUUGUAGAAAGCUUGCUACACUGUGAAAGCGCCAUACAAAGAUUUCGGGACAAGCUGCUAAGAAGUCACCAAGUGCUCCUAACGGCAGGAUUUGAUGAAAAUGCUUUUAAAGGUUUACUCAACACUUUUCACAGUGUACUGGAGCGACUCGAAACAGAUGAUUGUGAAGAGACUCUGUUAAGCCUUUUUAAUGACCAGGCUACCUCAGACAGCAUGGUGCAGUACUUGAGGCUGCUCACUUCAGCACACCUACAGAGCCAUGCUGAUUUCUUCCAGCACUUUGUGGAGGCUCCAAAUUUAAAAGUUUACUGUGCUCACGAAGUAGAAGCCAUGGCGAUGGAAUGUGAUCAUGUGGAGAUCCUGGCUUUAUCUGAGGAGCUGGACAUUAGUCUGUGUAUUAUAUCAAUGGAGGGCAGUGAUGGCCACCUUACAUGCCACACCAUUCCUGAGGGAUCUCAGCCUUCCCUGUAUCUUCUCUAUAAGACAUCUCACUAUGAUAUUCUUUACAAGCACAGUGAACACUGCAAAUAAUGCUUGGACCAAACAGAAUGGAACCAGUUUUUGGAUGAUCCACAUCUCCUGCGAAGUGCAUAUUUCAUCAAAAAUAAUGCAAAGGACCAAUAACAGUUUUCAAACAUUUGUAUAUAAUUAGGUUUUACCCCACUGACCAUGAACAAGAAACUGUUCAGUUUUGGAGAUAAUGUUUUAGUACAAAAGCAGUACAGUACAAGACAGUUCAUGUAUCACUAAUGGAACAAAAGUGAUCUGUAAAUGGCCUUGGAUAUUUUGUAUGAAUGUUAAUUAUAUAAAUCACCAGUAUAGGCAUCACUA